AUGUCCUUCGCAGGCGCGCCCGCAAAUGAAGACAGCGAGAGCUCGCUUCCCCCUGGAUUCAGGUUCCAUCCCACAGAUGAGGAGCUCCUCUCCUUCUACCUACCCCGCAAAAUCGGCAACCAGCCCAUCCCGCUUAACGCGAUCGGCGACAUUGACAUGUACGGAUUUGAGCCAUGGGAGCUUCCGGGAAAGGCGAUGGUGUCGCUUAAUGGUAGCGAUGAGUGGUUUUUCUUCGCGUCGCGCGACAGAAAGUACCUCAUGGGCACGCGCGCCAAUCGGAUGACAUCAUCCGGCUACUGGAAGGCCACGGGGAAAGAUCGGCCCGUGUACGCCUCGCGCAAGGAGGGAAACGAAACCCAAGGCGGCCGGGAGGAGGGCGAGUCGGUUAAAGAUGCCAAAAGCGGCCGCAUUGUCGGGUAUAAGAAGGGCCACGUGUUCUACAAAGGCAGGGCGCCGCGGGGGGAGAAGACGGCUUGGGUGAUGCACGAGUACCGGCUCGUAGAACCUAGUGACGACCCGGACUCGCUGAUCGGUAGCACUGAACUCGCGUCCGCCAAGUCGUGGCCCGCUUCGGACUCCCUCGAUGACGGUGUGGAUGCGGAAUCUGCGGAGGAUGACGUCACCGCUGCCGAGGAGAGUGAUGGGAUGAAUGCGGCGCCUGUAGCAUCUGGCGAGGGACCCAUUGAAGCCGAUCUACUGCAUGGUAGUAGCAGACUCGUGACGCGGGUUACUACCGCGAGCUCUGACAUCGUCGGCAGGCACAGCGAGGAGGGUACAUUCUCCAGAGACGACGGGAGAAUCAGUGUAGUGAAAAGUGCGGGGGAGGCUAGUAACAUUUGGAUGAGGAUGGACAGUGACGGAGGGAGCGCUCCUGACAGUGGACUCUUCUCAACGGAACCACGAAAUGCGAACGCUCAGCCGCAACUUGCGAUCACUGCAAGUGGCAGCAGCGAAAACCCACCGAGCUGGAGUUUCCAUGGGUCAGCGCCGGUGGCACGAGUGCCAUCGGCUCACACCAUCGCGUCCUUGGAAGCGCUUCUGCUGGCAGAUGAUAAUCCGGAUGUCACGGAACAUGUGAGUCAUGACGCGAUGACGUGGGCUCCACAUGACGUGUCCCAUCAAGUGGAUGUGACCCAGGAUGCGACUUGGUGGUCUACACCCACGCAGAACGAUGGGCCGUCGGGAGUUGCUGGCUCUCAAGCGGGCUAUGAAACCGCAUCAGUUGCUCUUCUGCCAUGGGUGCAGUUCUCCACUCCGCAGGAGCAGCUUGACAAGGAAGUCGCCGAAGCGCUGCAGCAAGUGUCGCACAUGCCUCAGUUGCCUCACAUGCACACGACAACAGAACCAUCCAACCUGGCCUCCCUCCUGUUCGCUAACCUUGCAUCUCCUCCUAUCUUCCAGUCCGUCCCCUUCACUCAGUCCGCGCCAACCACCACCUCUCAUGGAUCAUUCACACAGCCAGAGGUUGGAAGCACGGAAAAGCAAAACCAGAGCGGUGGUGAAGGAGCGACAAUGUCGGGUGGAGGUGGUUCUGUUGAUUCACCACCUGGGUCGCGGUCGAAAGGCAGGAAGUCACCAAAGAGGGACCGAGAGGGAAAGCUACUCGAAUGA